CCGGCAGUGUCUACAAAGACUGGAAUUUCGUCGGUUCGAAGUUGUGCCCAGCGCGUGGAAAGAUAUUUAUUGUAAAAACACAUUCUAGGGAUAAUGAAACAAACGGCCACCCGGACUGUUCGAAGAUGGGCGUGUCGCAGUUAAACUACUCAAAAGCAAUAUAUAUACUCCGAAAUCCUUACCAUUCUAUGCUUGCUGAGUUUAAUCGACAGACUGCACGGAAACCAUCAGGCAAAAAAAUCUUCAACAGGGGAGAAAGUACUGCUCCUACAAGGGUGUUCAGAAAUAGAGUUUGGAACGAGUUUUUAAAGUAUUACGUCAAUAUCUGGGAAAAGAUGGCUCUCUACUGGCUAGAUGAAUUUGACAGACCAGUACACGUGCUUCUAUAUGAGAGAGUGAAGGAAAAUACAAUAUCAGAAGUUUACAAUUUGACAAAAUUCCUUAACAUCAAUGUGCCUUUUAAUUCUUUAUAUUGUCUUUCAAGCAACACGACUGGAAAUUAUCACAGAGUUAAACCAAAGUGGAUGACAAUAGAAAACCUAUAUAACAAAGAAAUGCGUAAAAUGGUCAAUACAGUAAUAAAAAAUGUCAACGCGAAAGUCGGUUUGAGAAGGAAUCUAACGGAUGUUUUACAUUCCUAUCUUUUACAGGAUGACUGAAGUAUUCUAACUGCUAUGACGUUUUAUAUCUUAUAUCAAUUUAUAAGUUUUUCAAAGUGUAUAUGCGAUAUUUUUGCUACUAUGAAUAUGCAUAUUACAUCCAAUUUAUAUUUUCGAAAAGCAAGACUUUUUGUGUGUAGUGAGUGAAAACGGAAGUAUAAUAUAUUUCCAACUGACUCCUUUAAUGUCAGUGCAAGUUUAUUUUUCUUCCAGAAAGUUAUACUUAUAAUUUUGACGUGUUUCAUUUGUACAUCAUACAUGCCGUUUUCAUAAAAAUGUGUUUAAAUAUUAUUUUACCCUGAUAUCUUUCGAAAUAAAUUGCUAGAUAUGACC